AUGGCACCACUACUGAUACUCCGCAAUCUUACGUCAAAUGAUAUAAUUAUCAAGAGCUUGGAACGCUUCGAGGACCCGAACACGAAACAAUCGAAGGCGACAGCGUUUCCGUCGGCGAUAAAGAAUGCCCAAACGAUAGCACCGUCGGCGCCUGAGUUGGGACUACAUGUUCAAACAUUCAAGCGCCGGGAUGUAGAUGUUACGCUCGCGCCAUUCGAGUCGUAUACUCUACAACCCCAAACUAUCGAAGAGCCCAACCCAAAACCAUCCUCAACGCUAUCAAGCACCACUUUAAGAGUCACGAUUGAAGAUGAGGAAAGACAACGCUUUCGUAUCGACACUAAUCCUACCUACACCCAGAAAGGUUCUCGCACGUUCACACCCCUCGCUCCCAAUCCCUCCAACAGCUACACCGCUCUGUACCAUCCAACAGCGCCUACGGCCCACUUAAUCAUCCAUGCACAUCAUCUCCCCAACUAUGCGAAGUGGAUGCAGUCCCUACCCGACACGCUUCCCUUGUCCGCCAUCAGCAUCCCCGGAACGCACAAUUCGCACACGCACUACCGCGCCUUGCCCUCAGUCCGCUGCCAAGUCGUCGACAUCAAGACGCAGCUCGAAAACGGCAUCAGAUUCCUAGACAUCAGGGUACAACCCGCCAGCGCAACAGACACCUCAAAACGAGAUCUCUACCUCGUGCACGGCGCCUUCCCCAUCAGCCUCACAGGCGCAAAGUAUCUCGACCCCAUCCUCACCGCAUGCUACUCCUUCCUCGAGCAGAACCCCAGCGAAACCGUCCUCGUAUCUCUCAAGCGCGAGGGCGUAGGCAGUGCCACGGACGCGCAUCUCGCCGCCAUCCUAGAGGAGCACUACUUCGCGCCCUCGCCAGAGAAAUGGUACACCGGCGCGCACAUACCCUAUCUCCAGACCGUCCGCGGCAAACUCGUCCUCGUCCGCCGCUACGACAUCCCAUCCGCCCAAACGCAACGUGGUCUCGACGCCACAGACUGGCCUCAUAAUGCCACGCACGCCCUCCACGGGCCCUUCUGCGUGCAGGACUACUGCGAAAUAAUGCACCCCGGCGCUAUACCGGAUAAACUCUCACAUGUGAAUGCGCACCUUGUGCGCGCGGCGUCUGUCACGCACUUCAUCCCUGGACUUAAUACCGAUGCGACGAAUCCUAUUCCGUCGGGCCCGCUGUAUCUCAACUUUUGUAGCGGGAGUAAUUUCUUCCGCGUGGGCACGUGGCCGGAGAGGAUUGCGAAGGUGGUGAAUAGGGGGGGGUGGAGGAGUGGAUUUGCGCGGGGCACCAUUUAA